GCCUGGGCGCCGCGCAUGCGCGCUGGGCGGUGGCGGCGCGGCCAUGGCGCACGGGCACGGGCCCGGCCGGUGCCGCUGCUGCGGGGAGGAGGCGGCGGAGCGCGGCGCGGCCUGGGGGCUCUACCUGCGCAUCGACCGGCAGCGCCUGCAGUGCCUCAACGAGCGCCGCGAGGGCUCCGGAGCCACCGUGUUCCGGCCCUGGGAGGAGCGCGGGGACCGCUCGCAGUUUGUGGAAAGUGACGAUGAUGAGGAGCUGCUCUUCAACAUCCCGUUCACGGGCAGUGUGAAGUUGAAAGGAGUCAUUGUGAUGGGCGAGGACGAUGGGACACACCCGGCUGAGAUGAGGCUGUUCAGGAACAUUCCUCACAUGUCCUUUGAUGACACAGCCAAGGAACCAGAGCAGACCUUCAGCCUGAGCCGGGAUCCCCUGGGAGAGCUGGAAUAUCCCACCAAAAUCGCCCGUUUCUCCAACGUUUACCACCUCUCCAUGCACUUCCCAAAGAACUUCGGAGCUGAGACAACCAAGAUUUUUUAUAUCGGCCUGAAGGGGGAGUGGACGGAGGCUCAUCGCCACGAAGUCACCAUCUGCAACUACGAAGCCUCGGCGAACCCGGCCGACCACAAGCUGGAACAGAUCACCCCCCAGACUCACUUCAUCUCCUAACGGGAGCCCGCCCGGGGCAGGACGG